CCUCUCCGUCUUGACUCUCGCGAGCGGAGCUGGAGGGAAAAAAAACCGAAGAAGGAAAAAAAAAAGGCACAUCUGAGGGGUUUGAGGGGAGGAUUUGGACAAAGUUUCCCAACUGUCCCGACCCGAGGAAGCUCCGGGGGGGUUGACGGGGAGUCCAGUUCACCGAAAUAAUGGACGAUUCCCAUUUCAACUCAUCAUACUUUUGGUCUCCCGUCCCCACUGUACAAGGACAGAUCGAGAACGCCAUGUUCCUGAACAAGGCGAAGGACCAGCUAGGUCCAGACAAGACCAACGCGCCCUCCUUCCCCCACUCGUCUGCGUCUUCCACCUCCUCCCCCCACUACCCCACGGCCGUGCUCGCCAUCCCCGGGUCGGUGGAUGGAGGAGGCGGCGUGCGGGUGGUUCCCAAACAGGAAGGAGGUGGGGGCGGCCCGGGAGGAAGCGGCGGCAACAGCGGCGGCGGAGGCGGCGGCGGCGGCUCGUCGUUGGGCGCCAUCGGGGGACACCUGCACCAGUCGCACACGUCCCAGAACGUCACCGUCGUGCCUGUUCCCUCCACAGGCAUCAUGACCGCAGCCGGGUUAGUCAUCACCACACCUCAAGGCACGCUGGUCCCCACUGCCUCCACACAGUCAUUCGUAGCGGGACACCCCUCCGCCACCACCAUGAUAGUGUCUGCAGUGCACCCCUCAAACGCAGAUAAGAAGGACAUUUCUGUGCCUCCUGCAGUUGUCAUGCCGACGCCGUCGAAGCGAGGCAGGAAGAGCAAACAGAUGAUGGGCAGAGUGUCUGCGGUGAGCGGGGUCCUCCCUCCAGGAAGUGACGCGUUGAUAUUGGCACACCUUGCUGCCGGUGGACAGCACCACACUUCUGACCCGUACGACCUGUCAAACGACGAAGACGACCACGGCAACAAAGACGGCCCAAAAUCCUACAGGUGUCGGAUGUGUGCACUGACGUUCUUCAGCAAGUCAGACAUGCAGAUUCACGCCAAGUCCCACACUGAGGCCAAGCCCCACAAGUGCCCCCACUGCUCCAAGUCGUUUGCCAACUCCAGCUACCUGUCCCAGCACAUCCGCAUCCACAGCGGGGCCAAGCCCUACACCUGCACCUACUGCCAGAAAACAUUCAGGCAGCUCAGUCACCUACAGCAGCACACACGAAACCACACUGAGGCCAAGCCCCACAAGUGUCCCCACUGCUCCAAGUCGUUUGCCAACUCCAGCUACCUGUCCCAGCACAUCCGCAUCCACACCGGGGCCAAGCCCUACACCUGCUCCUACUGCCAGAAAACAUUCAGGCAGCUCAGUCACCUACAGCAGCACACACGGAUUCACACAGGUGACCGACCAUACAAGUGUAACCACCCUGGUUGUGAAAAAGCGUUUACUCAGUUAUCCAACCUACAGUCUCACCGUCGGCAGCACAACAAAGAUAAGCCGUUCAAGUGCCACAACUGCAACCGUGGUUACACAGACGCUGCCAGCCUGGAGGUGCACCUGUCUACACACACCGUCAAACAUGCCAAGCUGUUCUCCUGUGGCCUCUGUAACCGAUCCUAUACCUCGGAGACUUAUCUAAUGAAACACAUGAGGAAGCACAACCCCGACCCAUUAACGGUGGCAGCGACGGUAGCUGCCCAGCAGGCCCAGGGCCUGACGCCGGGAGGGGGCCGGGGCCGAGGCCGUGGCCGAGGGAGAGGAGGCGGGGGCCGAGGGAACCAGCUCCAAAACCAGAAUAACCCCAACAACCCCAACCAGAACCCUAACGCGGGACCCCCAGGCAGCUACCAGCCAUCCCAGCAACCCACGGAUGUCGUGGUUCCCUGUCCGUUCGACCUGCACCAAUACAAGACAGUGGCAGCCAACGAGAUCCAGUACAAACCGGUGACUGUGGCGGACCUGCCGGUGACCCACAAAGACCUCUGCCUCACCGUCUCCACGUCAGCCAUACAGGUGGAGCACAUGAACUCGUAGGCUGCGUCUUCCCGCUCUGCUUGAGGGGUUAUUCAAUGUAAAAACAACAAAAAAAAAACACGAAACAAAACAAAAAAAAAAAAGGUCCACGUGGAACAAGUGAUGUAACCGUACUCAGCAUUUCUGUCUUCUUAAGAGAAAAAGUGACAGUUUUACUGAAGCUUUGAGUGACGUUAUUUUGAAAUGAGUUAAUGCAAUACAAUCAAAGACAGAGGACGAACUUAAUUCACUCGGUUUAGAAGCUGUGAUGCUGAGUACAACGUUAAAUCGCUUGUCAGAACACAGAUAUGUUACAACAUCUCCAUUCCUCGCCGUGUAUCUCUCAGUGGAAAUGCUGGUCUAGGACCCUGGUGUGAACCCUUCAUUCCUCCCGUCGGAUCCAUGUUUCUCCACUUUGGGACAAAAUUUCCAAAAACUAAACUCGGAUCAGAUUUCGGUUUUUGUAUCGUCAUUAAAUCCAGAUCUGAAUCUCGCAAAAGUUCUCGCUUAAAGGUCCCACACUGCAGCGCUAUUUUUAUUUUUAUAUAUUUUUUUAUAUCUACGUCUACUUUGUUCAGUGAGUGGAAGAGAUGAGCUAAACUUUAGGUCUGGCAUAGAUGCAAAGUGAGUAGAUGAGAACGUUACUGAUCAUUUUACAUGUAGGUCACAGCACGACCGUGGUCUUUGACAGACUGGUGUCGUGAUUUUUGUCAAAUGAAACCAAGUAGCAGCUACAAAAAUGAAGAAGAAUUCCCAUUCCAUCGAAACGUGUAGAUAACAACAGCUUUAUUGGUACUUUAAUGGUUUUGUGCAGCGUUUCCUCGACUUUUAUUUGCCCGGUAGCUUGCAACUGUUUAUUUCUCACCUAGUUCUGCUUUAUAAUUGAACAGACAUGCUAAUCUGACUCUAAAUAAUCCGGGGGUCAUUAAUAUGUUGCUUCUAAACCAGCAGUCCUGUGAGGAUCAUCUGAGAAUGAAGAUGUAGAGUAUCUGUUCAUUAAAUAUUACACUAUUCUCUGCACAUGUACGGUCCACAGAAUAGUGUAACUUUAAGAAAAAGAAAAAAAAAAAACAACAUUCAGAUCACAUUAAUCUGAACCUUUUGUUUUUUUUUUAUUGAGUUCAAGCCAAAACAAGAGGGAGAGAACGAAGACAAGGAGUCAAUGAUGAAAGAUUGUAGAGAUUCAUAAUUGCAGCUCAAACCGCGGCGCAGUGGUGUGGAUAGGAAAAACUGAGGAAGGACUAACUAAAUGUGUUUCAGUGGCAUUUAAAUGGCAAAGGACGGAUCAACCGGACGGACUGAACCCGGAGCCUUGAGAAAAAGGGGGGAAGAGGAGCGGCGGGACGGAAAAAAAGACGCGGCGUGUUUGGGGGGUACAAGGCUAAAAGCCUGCAGCUGAAUCUCAAUGUGUUCAUUUCACCAAUCAUGACGUCCUUAUUUACACCCACCUCCCCCUCAAGAGGAGCGACCGAGAGCCCGGGAACCAUCUCUUUUAAAAAACAAUUGAACAAAAAAGAGACGGGGGUGGUUCAGGAAUGCACUAAAUGUGAGGAACCUGCAGCAGAGCGACUCGGAAAAAACACAAGAGAGAGAAAAGAGGAAAAAACAAAACAAAAACAAAACGGGGGUUUGAGGGGUGGGAGGGGUCAUAAAGAAAGCACUUGAUGAAGCUCGUACUUCACGCCUAUGUUUGUCAUCGUUUGUCUUUUUUUUUUUUAUAUAUAUAUAUCAUAUGUAUGUAUUUUUCUACCAACAGAGGAACGUGUGAACAAACCGAGAGAAAGGAAAGUGAGUGCAUGAAUGUGAUGGGAACAGAGAGAACAGUCCUAACAGAGCGUCCUGUCCCAUUUUAUUAUUUUUAUUUUUUUGUUUCCUUUUGUUUGUUACUAUCAAAGAAAAACAGUUUACUAUCUUGCACGGAGUAGACAGCCCAUCUCGUCCGGGUGGUUGUUGGGGGGGAAAAAUAAUGAUUGUGUGAUAAAAAAUGACUGACAGGUACUGUUAUCAAUCUUUUUUUAAAAGAACUUUUCAUACAUAUUAUUACUACUUUCAUUAUUACUGUGUUGCAAAUGUUAUCCACAUUAUUAUUAUCAAUCCGAGGCAUUAUGGUAUUGCAGUAUGCUGUACAUAUAAUAGAUAGAAGAGACUUGUUCAUCUGUAAAAGGGAAGUAUGUCCUGUGUAAAGCAUAUACGAAAACUAAAGGAAGUCAGAUUAACAAGUACCAAAUCAUCAGCCGUGUCCCAAGUCACCUCGAGUGUGGACGGUAUAAGUCAAACAAAUUAUGGGUUUUAGGAUUUAGAAGUUAUAAUUAAUGUAAAAAUGAUUUUUCUUUCUGUAAAUGUGACAAAGUAAUACGUCCUUUACCACACUCACCAUUUGUAAUUGCAGGUAUUAGUUCUACUUAUGAGUCCGGGGCUUUUUAACAAAACCAUUCAGCUUUAAUUCUAUUUUGACUCGGCUGCCUUUGAAUAGUUGUGACUUUUUUAAUUUUUUAUUAUUUAACAUUAUUUCCCCACACUUUUUUUUCAAAUGAUCUGGGAAUUAUUGAUCAAGCUGUGACAACGGUGACCUGGGACACUCCGCUCUCCCAAUCAAAAGGACCGGUCGGCUUGUACAAAGAGGCCGACUGCCUUCAUGUAUACUCCUCCCUCUAGUUCAUUGUGUCUUUUUUAUGAAAAAUAACUCAUUCUCGAUAUUCUUGUUAAUGUUAUUACCAAUGCUCCUGAUAAUACGGUUAUUAACUGCCCUCUUAUGCUACACUCUUGCAUACUGUAUGCACAGUUACACCUCUUGCUUCAUCUGAACAGACUGUUUCUUCCCUUAAGGAGAAUAAAGUUCAAACUGUUUAUGAUGAAAA